AUGGACAACCGGGGCCUAACCAAGGGCAUGUGGCCGUGGUCUCAGCCCACCUGCGUGCCCACUUCCUCGCCCCGCCGCCUGCUGCUCAACACCUCGGCCAACUGCCUCUCGAACAACAUCUUCGGCAGUUUGGUCAGAUAUGGCAACUGCCUGCCUCUGAUGGCGUCUAAGGACUUGUUCCCGGGCUCGUCCCCCUCCUGCCCCGAGAUCUGCGACGCCGAGGAGUUCCGCAGCCGGGUGGUCAGCGCGCCCCUCAAGGCAGGCUUCUCGGCGUGGGCGCAGGAGGGCCACCCCGCCCACGGCCUCUUCGGGCACGCGGCGUCGGCGAGGAGGAGCGCGGCCGGCAGGGAGAUCGACAACUCGACCUUAUCGCUGGUGACGGUGUACUACCCAUCACUCACCUACAGGAAGAUCAUUCAGUCAAGACCCAACCUGGAAAUGUGGUUCAGUUUUCUAUAA